UGCUUUGUUUUUGUUCCUUGAGAACUUGUAUUUUCCUAGAAGUUUUACAAUUAUGCUUCGAAUUCCAGGUCUCAAGAGAUUGAUACCACCGAUCAGACAAGUUAGAUGGUAUCAAGCUAAAGAUGGUGGCCCUCCCUUAACAUUAGCAAGAUGGAAUUCAAGAGGACGGCAAGGAAUUGCCUUUUUACUUGGAAUUGGAGGAUCUCUCUUAGCCUGGAGUUCAAUUAGCUAUGGAAAAGCCCAAGAAGAACUAAAAGAAAGACCUACUGUUGUCAAGUUACCAGACAAUAAGAUCACAAAAAGUGAAUUCAUGAAAUGUUGCUGCAAAGGUAGUAAUGCUAUAAACAAGAGAAAGUGGAAAAAAUCAAUAGAAAAGUCUCUAUUGAAAUUGGAACAAGUAAAGGAAGAGACUGGUUCACCUGGACUCGUUUGUGCUGUAAGCAUUGACGGUGAGCUGGUAUGGAAUGCUGCGCUGGGGUUUGCAGAUGUUGAGAAUGGGGUGAAAUGCCACAAGGCAACGCUGAUGAGAAUUGCAAGCAUCAGCAAGGCACUGACAUCAAUUGCUCUAGGAAAACUUCUCCAAGAAAGUAAGCUAGAGCUGGAUGUCCCAAUCAAGAAAUACGUUGAUUAUUUCCCCGAGAAAACCUUUAAUGGCGAAAAGGUCACUAUUACCCCCAGAAUGCUGAUGUCACAUACAAGUGGGGUGAGACACUAUGACAAAGAACCGCCCAAAAAGAUUGAUGAAACAUCUGAACAGACAAACACAGAUGGUGCUGGCAAAGAGACGUCAACAAGCAAAGGUAAAGGAAAAAGCGACGAAGAGAAAAAGUCUGAGAAAGUAAACGAGACAGAUGAAUUUAAAUUGAAAGAAUAUCAUAUCAGAGACCAUUAUGAUACAAUUAAAGACGCGAUAAAAAUAUUCAGUGACGACCCAUUGCUUGAAAAACCAGGGACUAAUUUUCUCUACACAACUCAUGGUUGGACGCUGUUGAGCGCUUGUGUCGAAAAAGCUUCUGGGAUGGAUUACGUCACAUACAUGAAAAAGAUGUGUUAUGAAUUGGGUUUGGACAAUACUAUGGUUGAAUUGAAUGAUCCUAUAAUUUAUGAUAGAUCAAGGAAUUACACGAGGGACGCAAAGGGAAGGCUCCAAAAUACGCCAUAUGUUGACAAUUCCUACAAAUGGGCCGGUGGUGGGUUCUUAUCAAACAUCGAAGAUCUGAUCAAAAUAGGAAACGUGAUGCUAUACAGCCACUUGGAAAAGCAGGAUACCACAAUUCUUAAAGGAUAUUUGGAUCAGGAUGUUGUCAGGCAGCUGUGGACCCCUGACCCAGUUACAAUUGGAAAAGUAUCAAAACAUUUCAAGGAAAUGGGGUAUGGACUGGGCUGGUCGCUGCUGCCAAAUUCAUCGGAAUAUGGGUGCUGUAGAAAAUCGAAAUUCGCUGCCAUGCAUGGUGGUGGAGCUGUUGGUGCAAGUAGUAUUCUGCUUAUUGUGCCAACUGAACCAACUUAUAAAGCUGAAAGUACCUCGCAAACUUCAACUGGUACUGAGGUCGAGCAGAGGUCAAAGGUUAAAAACGCUGGUGAAAGGGGAGAGGUCAAAGUUGCAGGUGGAAAGGAAUACGAAAAGGGCGUUUUGACUAAUCAAAGUUCAAAUACUUUUGAACCAAAACCAAGGGGUGUUGUCGUUGCUAUUAUGGCGAACCUACAAAAUGUCAGUCUAGCAAAAACAGCGCUUGAAAUUGCAGAAGUUUUCUCAACUCAGGAUUCUUAAUCUAAGAACAUCCAUCCCAUGAUGCAUUUGUACAUCCCCCAGGGAACUGACGUAUUUUUUAAAUGAUGAUAUCAAAAUUACACAUAAAUUUUUACAUUUAGGUAAUUUUACGGAAUUAAAUCAAUCUUUGUGAUUAAAGGAUUGGUGAA